UGAAGUCAUGGUAUUUAGUGUAUUGUUCAUGGAAAGAAGUAAUAUCUUAUUAAGUAUUCAAGAUUAGAAAAGUUAUUGUGCUUAUUGUACCCGAUAAUGUUUUAUAUGUCACAAUCUUCAACCAAAAUUGUUUCAUUGCGAUGACCUGACGCAAUCACUAAAAGGAGAAUAAUGAUAGCAAAAGUCAUAAUGUUUUGAUAAACUUACAUGAUAUAUUCUCAUGUAAAAUAUUUAAGAAGAAAAGCCACAUGAAUAAUUCAGUCAGUAGCAAAUCACCAAUCUUGAGUUGAUCGAGUUUGGAAUAAGAAAAGCGGAAAAAAUGAUCGAUUGAAUGUGCGUUUCAACAUGUUACCAAGAUUAAAAAGAAAAUGUCGUUUUUAUACGAUAGUUAUCAUCACUAUAAUAACUAUUGGAAUAUUUAUAGCUUGGUCCAAAAAUAAAGAAAUAUCUGGCAAACGGUCUAAUGAUUUUGUUCCUUUACGACUUCUGAAUGAUCGAAAAGAUUAUUUGGAUCGUCAAGGUAUUCAUGUGGUAGUCGGUCAUUACAUAGGAGAUUCUGUAGAUCCAUUAAAAUCUCCUAAUAUAACUAAAGAAAUUAUUAAUAAAAAUAUGUUUAAUCCUCGACCAUUUGAAGGAAGAAAUGGGGAGCCAGUAAUAAUACCGUCUAAGGAUUUCUUUAAAAUGCAACAACUCUAUCAAAUAAACCGUUUCAAUUUAAUGGCAAGCGAUAGAAUACCAUUGAAUCGUUCUUUACCCGAUGUAAGGAAAAAAAGAUGUAUUGCGAGGUAUAAAGAUGUAGUUGAUCUUCCAAGAACGUCGAUAAUUAUAGUAUUUCAUAAUGAAGCGUGGAGUACGUUAUUAAGGACAGUCCAUAGUGUCAUUAUCAGAUCGCCUAAAGAAUUAUUAGAAGAAAUAAUACUUGUUGAUGACAACAGUGAUAGAGAGUUUUUAAAAAAAUCAUUGGACGAAUACGUAAGCGGUUUAAGUGUUACAACGCGAGUACUUCGUUCAGUGAAACGAAUAGGAUUGGUAAAUGCUAGACUUUUAGGAGCGAAGGAAGCUAAAGGUGAAGUUUUGACCUUUCUCGACGCCCAUUGCGAGUGUACGGUUGGAUGGUUAGAGCCGUUAUUGGAAGCAGUAACAAAAAAUAGGACUCGCGUUGUGUCUCCUGUUAUUGAUAUAAUCAAUGACGAUACGUUCAGUUAUACGCGAUCAUUAGAACUACAUUGGGGUGCAUUCAAUUGGGAUCUGCAUUUCCGUUGGUUAGCAUUGAACGGCCGAUUAUUGAAAGAAAGACGCAAGAACAUGGUCGAACCCUUCAGAACACCCGCAAUGGCUGGCGGAUUAUUUUCCAUGAAUAGAGAUUAUUUCUUUGAAUUGGGCAGCUACGACGAUCAAAUGCAAAUUUGGGGUGGAGAAAAUUUAGAACUUUCGUUCCGUGUUUGGCAAUGCGGCGGUAGUAUAGAAAUAGCACCAUGUUCGCACGUUGGUCAUCUUUUUCGAAAAUCGUCACCCUACACGUUUCCUGGCGGUGUCGGUGAAAUACUUUAUGGAAAUCUUGCCAGAGUGGCUUUGGUCUGGAUGGACGAGUGGGCAGAAUUUUAUUUCAAAUUUAAUCCUGAGGCAGCUAGAUUGAGAGACAAACAACAAAUUCGAUCAAGAUUAGCGUUGCGAAAAGAAUUAAAAUGUAAGAAUUUUGAAUGGUACUUGGAUAACAUUUGGCCCGAACAUUUCUUUCCGAAGGAUGAUAGAUUUUUUGGCAAGAUGGUACACGUAGCUACGAGGAAAUGCAUCAUGCGUCCUCUGUCAAAAGCUUCGCAUUCGCAGCCUUCGGCUUAUGCCGUUCUUGAAACGUGCUUACAACGUUCGAUACUUGCUCAAAUGUUCGUUAUGACUAAAACUGGCGUGGUAAUGACGGACGAAAGCGUUUGCUUGGAUGCACCUGAGCACGAUACGUUACAUACAAGGCCAAAAGUAAAGAUAAUGGCUUGUAAUGGUCUCGACAAACAAAAAUGGCGAUACGAUGAAAAGAAAAGAAUACUUUUACAUACGUCUUCCGAAAUGUGUCUUCAAUACAUGGCCGAUACGAAGGAGGGUCUUGUAAUUGCAGAUUGUAAUGGAAACAUUGAACAACAAUGGUCAUUAGAAUCCGUCCCGUGGAAAUAAUCAGUAUUUUCGCACAAAUUAAUAUUAAACAAUGUAUACUUUCUCUUCUAACCAAGGAAUACUAACUUAUAUAAAAAAUAUACGAAUCUUUGAUAAUAUUUUUAUUACAUAACUUUUUUUUAAAGAUUAACUUUUAAAUUAUCAACAUAAGAUUGAGAGACUUUCUUAUAAGAAACAAAAUGAUUAAAAGGAUUUUGAUAUUAUUGGAAUAUAUUUGCAUACAUCUUUUUACGAUGAUUAUGUGACGACUUUAUUGUUAAACAAAUCGUUGACCA